CCUAAAGAAGAAGAAGAAGAAGAGGAAGAACAACAACAAGAAACCCAUUAGAGAGGAAAAAGAGAAACUAAAUGGACUUGAUCAGAUGUAGCUAUGAUACUAUUUUUCUCUGAGCGGAAGGAUGGAUCUCCCGGAGAGUCCCGGGCCGUCUUCCAUCAGAGAGCUGUCUCACUGCUACCGGGCUCUUCUCGGAGGAAUUUGUCCAAAACUAAGCGGUGCUGAAGUUGCGAGGCUGCUCUUUUCUGGCGUUUGUGGACAGGUGCCGGGAAGGGACACGCAUGAGGGCGCUGAAGCCGCGUGGGAGCUGAUCGCCUUCAGUCUGACUCUGCUGAGGAAGAUCUGCUGCGGGCUGUCCGCUCAGAGCCUGGAUGGAGCUGUCCGGGGUCCCUGGAGGGACAUCCUCAGCCUUCUGUUUGACCCCAUGGACCUCAUGUCUCAGCUUGUGCUCCACUUCCAAUCUGAGGAUCAGGUGAUCUCACAUCUGGCUGCAAAGUCUGCGUCUGUGUGUGUUCUCUACCUUAUCAGCACAUCAGGCGCAGUGAAUCCUGUUUGGCAGAAGCAGUGUGUGCAGGUUUUCAGCAGCUCUCCUCCUGGUCCUGAACUUGACGCCUGCCUUUGGUCUCUCACCGAAGUCGUCAAAAAACUCCUCAAACAGUCGCAUCAAGUGCUCCUUGCAGAGGUCGUGGCAGCGUUCGACUGCAGCCUGACUGCUUUAUGUUCUAAGCUGCUUCCUGAAGAGAGGACACAGGUUGGCUUCGGCGGCUCCUGGAGAACGACGUUCUGCCUGCUGUUGGACCUGCUGGAGGUUCUGACUGCAUCGAGUUUUGUUUGUGGAGCUGGGCUCAGUCUGAGAAGCCAGAGGAUACCUGCAGUACAGUCUACAGCGCUCCUGAUGACCGUCAGCUGCUGCUCUGACUACUUUGUGAAAAAGCGAAUCCUGCUUCUGCUCAAGAGAGUUCUGCUUCAGAAGCUGGGAGAGGACUGGUCCCUGGAGGGAGUGGCUCUGUCCGUACGGGAGCACAGAGAUUUGCAUGCUGACCGCUGUGUGCUGGCUCAGUGCGUCUUACAGGCAGUGGCUGCUGACUGGCUGCAGACCCUGCAGGUGGAACGGGCCGUGUUCUUCGGAGGGCGAGAAAAGGAAGGCCAGAAACCGGACGGCUCCAUGCUGAGGGCAGUCAGUCUGGUUCUUCUCAAGUCUGUAGAGCUUCACCUCCAGACAGCUGCUGCUGCAGGUGUGGACAGAACCUCAGACUCAAAUCUACAGAGUCUGUGGUCCUGGUUGAGGAGGUUGGACGUCUCUCAGACUGAAGUCAGUCACUCUUGCAGUUGGAUCAGCCUGCUGUUUGGAGAACAGGAUGAUGACCUAAUGGAGGCAGCCAGUGCAUCUCUGUCCAUAUUCCUCAGCUACAGACGGUGUUCAGGCUGGGACAGUUAUUCAGUGCUGGAAGCAGCCUGUGCAUCUGGAUGCAACCCUCACUGCCACUUUGGGCUGCUGCUGCAGAGCCUCUCCUUUGACCACAGCAUCCUCCUCGACUUCCUCAUCUCCUCUGAAACCUGCUUCCUGGAAUACUUUGUUCGCUACCUAAAGUACCUCAGAGAAGAUUGGCAAGGCUUUGCUGCGACAUGCAGCAAGCGUCUUGCUGACGCUCAUGGGUCUGAGCCUGGAGGUUCUGUCCCACCACUGGAAGGCUCCAGUUCAGGCAUUGGGCUUCGGAUUGUAGAGUAUGACAGUUCUGACGAGUCCAGUGAAGAAACCCCUGAUGGACACAAACAGUCUCAAACCACAGCUGCACUGAUGACUGACAGGAGCUCCAAGCUGAAAACCAAACCCAGUUUAUCAGUGAUACAAAGUGAGAAAGUGUGUCCAACUGCAGCAGCCGUGUUGGAGGAAGAAACAUGCCAUGUGUUGGACAGAGCCGCCUCCUGCCUGUCAGAACUCAGACAGGUGGUGACGAGGCUGCAGACUAAACAACUCUUCCCGUACAACCCUUCAUCGCUCCUGAAGCUUCUUGCACAUGUAGAGAGCUGUUAUCAGAGGUCACCACUUUCAUAAGCUGUUUGAAUGAAAAAUAAACUAUUUUUAAAAACUUCA